CCUAAAGCAGAUCCACGUCAGGAGCAUAGACAUGAAACUGUGGGGAUUCGGGAACACAGAAAUCCGAAGAAACAAGAAGCAGAGGAAACAAUAAACUUGCAGAGAAAAAACUUGUCGUUCUAAAUCCUCUGUUGCCUAUUAUCUCACCCACAUACGUUUAUUAAAUAUCUGUUAUUAGCUUCCUAUUCCCUCCCUCUGUAUAUCAAUCUCUGGAAUUAUCAAGUGGUUUUGUACCAUGUGUACAACGAGGGCUACUUUACGCCAAGCAGUAGCUGUUUUGGCCACCUUGCUGUAUUCCAUGAGACCAUGUCUGUUAAUAGAACCUUAGGAGGACUUCUGGAAAGGAACUCUUGCCAACAGUCAUUGUGUCAUUGCAGAAUGGAAUGGUCAUUCAAUUCAGAAACAAUGGAGCUCAAUACAGGAGGUUUCUGUUGCAACGGGAAGCAGCCUUCGGGGCAUUCUACAUCUACUGAUAAAGAAAAACAACCCUUGGAAAAAGAUUUGAGCACUUCUAUAUUUGUCAAUCAUGCUGCGAUUGCUUGGCAUGAGAGUAGAAAAAGGUGGGUGGGGGAUCAAUCUCGGCGAUCAAAAAGAAAGGCAAAGGAACCGAUUAUAAGCUGGACCCUGGGGUAUGAAGAUCUGCUCGCAACUAAUGAGCCGUUUUCUGAACCAAUUCCUCUACCUGAGAUGGUAGAUUUCUUAGUUGAUAUUUGGCAUGAUGAAGGCCUUUACGAUUAGAUGGCUAAUGAUAACGUUGAAGUAGUUGGAUGAAGACUGAUGGAAAGUGGACAGUACUUACUUGGUCUAAUUUCUUGCUUCUAAUUCUUCCUUUCGUUGAAGGAUGAAAAUCCUUGAACGACACUGAAAUAGUCAGAUUGUCACCAAUUCACCAUUGCCCCAUUUUUUUGGGCUCUUAUUUGUAGUAAGAUAUUGAUGAUCUCAUUCAACAGCUUUAAUUUAUGAAAACUCUCGAAGGUGUUGUGGUCUUC